AUGCCGCUGACUUUGUCAGCCGCUAACUCUUACCAGCCAGGCUGCAUCCGGAUGACCCUGGAGGACUCGGAGCUAUGGAAGUCUUUUCACACCAUUGGAACAGAGAUGAUAAUAACCAAACAUGGAAGGAGAAUGUUUCCACACUGCAGUAUAAGCCUUUCUGGGCUUCAGCCUUUUGCAAAUUAUGUCGUCAUGGUGGAUAUCGUCCCUGCAGACAAUGUCAAAUACAAGUGGAAGAAGGAGCAGUGGGAGGUCGCAGGGAAGUCUGAGCCCCAGCCCCCAUGCCGGUCAUACAUUCACCCGGACUCCCCCGCUGUAGGAAGUCACUGGAUGAAGCAGUCGUUGUCCUUCCUCAAGAUGAAGCUCACCAACAACACCUUGGAUCAGCAUGGUCAUAUUAUCCUUCACUCCAUGCAUCGCUACUACCCACGGUUUCAUGUGAUACAGGCAGACAGUCCACAUACUGUGUGUUGGGGAUCGUUUCAGACCUUCUCGUUCCCAGAGACGGUUUUCACUGCUGUUACUGCUUACCAAAAUCCAAAGAUUACCAGGCUGAAGAUUGACCACAAUCCAUUUGCAAAAGGAUUUAGGGAAGGAGGAACCCAUUCUCACAGUAAAAGAUGCCGUUCAAAUAAAGGUUCUCCUGCAAAGAAGUCCAUAGAAGACAAGAAAAGUCCCUCUCACAGCGCAGCAUGCCUACAGAGGAUGCCCUCUACCUCUCAGUCAGCACAGGUCGGAAAGAAGCCAGCCUCUACACAACAGUCACUGAAGGCAGGUCACCUUUCCCCCUGGGCCCCAGAGCAGGACUCAUCAGAGAGCAGUCACACUGAGCGCGUGGAGCAGCAGGAGUACGACUACGGCUGUGAAGAACAGCUGGUGCCUGCAUCCACCGCCUACCAACCAUUCAGAUCAGUGGAGUACCCCAGAUUCCCGUUUCCUCCCAGGAACCGAGAUCCAGCAGAGCCGCUGCUCCAUGCUCCACCUCACCCGCUCUCCACGUUGGAGCACGGCACGCAGCAACAGGAAUACCGCUACAGCAACCAACAGGGUCCCCACAGCAACCCAGCAGACUGGAGCCAGUACCCGCUGUUCUCCUAUUCCUGCUGGUGAACUUCUUAUGGCCUAGUCAGAAGAGGGCCUUUAACUA